AUGCAGUACCUCUCCAAAGCGUAUAACUACUAUAGCGAAGGAACAGUCACACUCUCCUCAUCUCCCUUUCACGUCAGAUUUGGUAAACUCCAAGUACUCCGAGCAGCAGAAAAGACAGUGACCAUUCGACUUCCCAAUAACCUGCCCGCUCCUCAUAUCGCUCCUUUUGUGAUGAAAGUUGGUGAAACCGGAGAAGCUUUCUUCGUAGUAGAGACGGAUGAGCAAGUGCCGGCGGAUCUCCUGACAAGUCCUGUCGUUAUGCCCACUCAGACUGAUCUUCCAUCAACUCAUGUCGAUCAUGAAGAGGAAGAUAUUCAACCGAAACCUCACCAUCAUUCCCUUACUCAAGAACCAUUUGGAGAAACAGAAAAACGUGUACAACAUGAAGAACCUCUGGGGGAUGUUGAUUUUCUUGAUUUAGACGCAAGCUCAUCAGCCGACACACCACCGAAAGAUUCACCAAACAAGCGCUCUUCAUUGGUUCAUUCGGCUUCUUCUCUACUACCCAAUAUACCUUUCCUUUCAUCCCCUUCCAACAGUAGAUCCGGUUCCCCUCCGAAAGACGACUCCUCAAAGCAGCCGGCCAAUGAUGAAGCAAAAGCAAAAGCAAAGGAUGAACCAAUGAUAUCCACAACCAAUCAACAGCCUAAUCCACUCACGACUAAACCGGGAGAAUCAUCAGAUAUGCCUGAAAGAGAUCACACAUUGUCAAGUCAUGACGCAAAGACUGCUGAGAGGCAUGAGGCAGGAUCCGAUGGCAUGCUGCCGAGAGUAGAACCUGGUCAAGGUGAAGGUCCACCAAUAUUGUAUGGAAGAGAUGUCGUGUUGGAUAUGGCAGGCUACCAUAGCGCCAAGAGUGGAAAUCCUGGAUCCCCUUCAUCAGAAGAUAGCGAUCCUCAAAGCGAAACUUUCAUUCAGGAUCUGCUAGCGGCUGUGCAGUUGCCUGACGAAUCCCGACCAGCAUUACCUGCAUCAAGGUUGACAGAUUCCGAGCUUCCUUCGGGCGACCCAGAUGAUACUCCGCUCCCUUCUCCUGCUCCCGAAAUGGCUUCUGACCCUGAUCUUCCUGGUAUUCUCGCCAAUGUACAUUUAACGCCUCAGUCAAUAUCAAGAAGAUUCGAUAGAGGACACUCGGAACCACCACAAGACAUCAACUCUGAUGGACCUAGAUCUCCAACGAGAACAGCUAUGGAUAUGCAGUGGGAUUGGGGCAGACGGCAUGGUGUAGAGAUGGGUAGAAGUCGCUCGGGAACAUUGCCUGAAAACCCAGCGGGAACUAUUGGCAGAUUGAAAAAUGUGGAGGAGAACCCUUAUAUGUUUGUAUUAGAACUGCAAGAUCACUCUCACCAUUUCGAGCUGUCGAUUGCCGAAGGCUUUUCAGAGGACGACGAAGCAGAAUUUACUCGUAACAGAAUAACGUUUCAGAAGUUUAUUGAGGACCCUCAAGUCGUCGAUGAUCCUCGCUUGAUAGUGAAGUACAACUCAAUUCCUUCUUUACCCGCACUUUCCGACGUUGGUAUGACCAGCCAACCUCCAGACAGACCAUCGUCUGGAUAUGGCUGGUCUCGAUGGUGGAGACGAGGUCAAAGUAGCUCAACAGGUGCACCUGCUCAACUAACGAGAUCCAAUACCUCUCCUAUCAAUGAGGUACGGCCCCUUCCAGCAGUUGAAUCUGAACAGCCUGCGCCUGCGCCUGUGGACGAUGCUACAACCGGAGCUGACUAUUGUAGAUCUGACGCUCUCGGUCACGUCUUCGCGGCCAUUGGUCGAGAUUGGACGCACCUUGGUAUCGCAAAACUCUACACCGAUGUCUGUAACAAUGGCUACAAAAUGCUGUAUCUUACUUCUCGAGCUAUUGGACAGGCGGAUGCAACGCGACAAUAUCUAAAGACCAUAAUUCAGGGCGAGUACCGUCUACCUGAGGGACCAGUGAUCAUGAGUCCCGAUCGAUUGAUGGCCAGCUUGCACCGUGAGGUUAUCAUGCGAAAACCCGAGCUGUUCAAGAUGGCCUGUCUAAGGGAUAUUCAACGGCUUUUCGGGGAACAAGCCAAAGAAGCAUUCUUUGCUGGUUUUGGUAAUCGAAUAACCGAUGCAAUGAGUUAUCGAAGUGUCGGAAUUCCGGCUGCUAAAAUAUACACCAUCGACUCGACAGGAGUUGUCAAGACAGAGCUACUUUCAGCAGCAGGGCAUACAGGAAGUUAUAUUCAACUUGUAUUCCCUCCCGUUAGCACCAAAUUCAAACCUGAAUAUACCGAUUUCAACUAUUGGCGAGACAAUAUCGCGGAUAUUCCUAUUCCAGAUCUGUCACCUCCAUCUCCCGCCUUGUCAGCUCGAUCCGACACUUCAGGCCGACUAAGUGUGCUGGGCAAGAUUGCUGGAAUAGGUCGUCGAGGAUCGAAGCAACCUUUGUUACCAACGAGUGAACCUUCGUCACGUCCAUCCAGUCCACUAUUUGCUCCAUCCAUGACACCGGACGAUUUUAGUGAGGGCGAAGGUGACGAUGACGACAAGAAAUCACAGAUCAGUAUGCCCGGAUCAUUUGAUGAUGAAGAUCAAGAAGAUCAUACAGCAGAUACCUUUUUCGGCAAUCAGAACGACCUCGAAGCUCAAAACGGUAAUGAUGAUUCCUUCGACGAUGACGCAAAUUUCGAUGAUGAUAUCCUCGCAGCGGGUGAAAUGCAACACGUUCCGUUUUAG